AUGUCGUCCAUGAAUAGGCAACCUUCGAAAAAAUCAAUACGUAACAAUGGAGGAUCAGCAGCUUCUGGUUCCCAAGGAGGAAGUAAUGGCGGAGCAAGUGUUAAGUUUGCGAAAAGAACUUCAAGUGGGAGAUACGUGAGUCUGUCAAAAGAGGACAUUGACAUGUCCUCGGACUUAUCAGGGGAUUAUAUGAACUACACUGUUCAUAUACCCCCCACUCCAGAUAAUCAACCCAUGGACACAUCUGUUGCAAUGAAAGCUGAAGAACAGUAUGUUUCUAAUUCUUUAUUUACCGGGGGAUUCAACAGCGUAACCAGAGCGCAUUUAAUGGAUAAGGUGAUCGAUUCUGAAGUAACUCAUCCUCAAAUGGCAGGCUCCAAAGGCUCUGCAUGUUCAAUUUGUGAUGGCAGGGUCAUGAGGGAUGAGAGGGGACAUGAUGUCACUCCAUGUGAGUGCAGGUUCAAGAUUUGUAGAGAUUGCUUUAUAGAUGCACAAAAAGAAACUGGUUUGUGUCCUGGUUGCAAGGAGCCGUAUAAAGUGGGGGAAUAUGAGGAAGACCUCCAGGAGUAUCCUACCAAUGGGGCAUUGCCAUUACCAGCACCAAAUGGUUCCAAACGUAAUCAAAACAUGUCAGUUAUGAAGAGAAACCAAAACGGAGAAUUUGACCAUAACAAGUGGUUGUUCGAGUCUCAAGGUACCUACGGAGUUGGUAAUGCGUAUUGGCCCCAAGAUGAUGAUGAUGAUGGUGAAGAGGCCUUAAAGACAGGAAUGCUUGAUCAGGAGAAGCCGUGGAAGCCUUUGAGCCGGAUAACGCCAAUUCCAUCAGGCAUCAUUACUCCUUACAGGUUUAUUAUUGCUGUUCGAUUAGUAGUAUUGGUGUUCUUUUUACGCUGGAGAGUGAUGCAUCCAAAUAAUGAUGCAAUAUGGUUGUGGCUUAUGUCAGUCACUUGCGAGAUAUGGUUUGGUUUCUCAUGGAUUCUAGAUCAAGUUCCCAAGCUUUGCCCUAUUAAUCGUUCCACUGAUCUUGAUGUCCUUCAUGAUAAAUUUGAUAGUCCAUCCCCGUCAAAUCCCACAGGGCGAUCCGAUCUACCUGGUCUGGACCUCUUUGUGUCCACUGCUGAUCCUGAGAAGGAGCCACCUCUUGUCACUGCUAAUACCAUUCUUUCCAUAUUAUCGGUUGAUUACCCUGUUGAGAAGCUCGCAUGUUACAUUUCUGAUGAUGGAGGUGCUCUCUUGACUUUUGAAGCCAUGGCUGAGGCUGCUAGCUUUGCGGAUUUAUGGGUUCCAUUUUGUCGAAAACACAAAAUUGAGCCGAGAAAUCCAGAUACUUACUUCAGCUUGAAAGUUGAUCCCACCAAGAACAAAAGCAGAACGGAUUUUGUGAAGGACAGAAGGAGGGUGAAGAGGGAGUACGACGAGUUCAAGGUACGCAUAAAUGGCCUUCCAGAUUCCAUCAGGAGAAGAUCUGAUGCAUUUAAUGCGAGAGAGGAGAUGAAGAUGAUAAAGCAUAUGAAGGAGAGUGGGGCUGACCCUACUGACACUGUCAAAGUGUUGAAGGCGACAUGGAUGGCAGAUGGCACCCACUGGCCUGGUACUUGGGCUAGUCCUUCUAGUGAACAUUCUAAAGGUGAUCAUGCUGGAAUACUUCAGGUAAUGUUAAAGCCACCAAGUCCGGAUCCGCUAUUGGGAAGUGCAGAUGACAAAAUUAUAGACUUCACAGAAGUAGAUACGAGGCUGCCAAUGUUUGUAUAUGUUUCUCGAGAGAAACGACCUGGUUAUGAUCACAACAAGAAAGCAGGUGCCAUGAACGCAUUAGUUCGAGCUUCUGCAAUUUUGUCGAACGGACCAUUCAUUCUCAACCUUGACUGUGACCAUUAUAUCUACAAUUGCAAGGCAGUGAGAGAAGGUAUGUGCUUCAUGAUGGACAGAGGUGGCGAGGACAUAUGCUACAUCCAGUUCCCUCAGAGAUUCGAAGGCAUCGACCCCUCAGAUCGCUACGCCAAUCACAACACGGUGUUCUUCGACGGAAACAUGCGAGCCCUUGAUGGUGUUCAAGGUCCAGUGUACGUGGGGACCGGAUGCAUGUUCAGGAGGUUUGCUCUGUACGGAUUCGACCCUCCUCCGGUGGACAAAGUGGAGGAAAAGAAAGAGGUUAAGAAGGGUGAAGAGUCUGAACCACCGACCGUGAAUGCUAGCGAGUUUGAUCCAAAUCUUGACGUGAACUUAUUGCCUAAGCGCUUUGGUAAUUCAACCAUGUUGUCUGAGAGCAUUCCUGUCGCAGAGUUCCAGGGUCGUCCUUUGGCGGAUCACCCUGCCAUCAAGUAUGGACGUCCACCUGGUGUUCUUAGGGCCCCUCGCGACCCCCUUGAUGCUAGUACUGUAGCUGAAGCCGUAUCUGUCAUUUCUUGCUGGUAUGAGGACAAGACAGAGUGGGGAGACAGAGUGGGGUGGAUUUACGGGUCUGUGACAGAAGAUGUGGUCACAGGCUACCGCAUGCACAACCGUGGAUGGCGUUCUGUGUACUGCAUAACGAAGCGAGAUGCAUUUCGAGGAUCAGCACCGAUUAACCUCACUGAUCGACUGCACCAGGUGCUGAGAUGGGCCACGGGCUCUGUCGAAAUAUUCUUCUCGAAGAACAACGCCUUCCUAGCCAGUAGGCGCCUCAAGUUUCUCCAACGUCUGGCAUACCUCAACGUUGGCAUCUACCCCUUCACCUCCAUCUUCCUCGUCGUCUAUUGCUUCCUCCCCGCACUCUCUCUAUUCUCAGGGUUCUUCAUUGUCCAAACUCUCAGCAUCGCCUUCUUAAUCUACCUGCUCCUCAUCACCGUAUGCUUGGUGGCCUUGGCCAUUCUUGAGGUUAGAUGGUCUGGUGUAGAGCUAGAGCAGUGGUGGAGAAACGAACAGUUUUGGCUCAUUUCUGGAACCAGUGCUCACUUGGCUGCUGUGGUGCAAGGACUCCUUAAGGUCAUUGCAGGGAUUGAGAUUUCCUUCACCUUGACGACCAAGUCAGGAUCGGACGACGAAGAGGACAUAUACGCCGAUUUGUACCUAGUAAAGUGGAGCUCCUUGAUGGUUCCGCCCAUUGUGAUUGCUAUGAUGAACAUCAUCGGCAUUGCAGUGUCCUUUUCCAGAACCAUUUACAGUGCAAACCCGCAAUGGAGCAAGUUCAUCGGAGGAGCAUUCUUCAGUUUCUGGGUGCUUGCCCAUUUGUACCCUUUUGCAAAAGGGUUGAUGGGGAGGAGAGGCAAGACACCCACCAUUGUGUUUGUGUGGUCUGGUCUCAUUGCAAUCACUCUCUCUUUGCUUUGGGUUGCCAUCAACCCUCCCCAAGGUGGCGAUGGACAAGGCAUAGUAUGGCCCCACUUGUUGCCUACUAGUAUGCCACUUCAUCUUUUGGAGCAUCUGGAUUUUGUUAUAGGGAGUCUAGCUUCCUUGGAUCACCACAAAGAAAUUGUUGCGAGAAUCAACAAUCAACAGUCUGGGAUUAUCGUAAAUCAUGACAAAUAUGCUAUUAGUGAUCUGUUGAACUCUGGCUUUUUGUUUAUGGCAUUGUUGCAACAAACUCUAGCAUUGUUCAGCUCUGAAGAACUUGUGGGGACGAUAUUGAUUGACUUGGUGCAACCAAUUAUGUCAUCCAACAGUUCUUUGAAAGGGGAAUUGACAAAGAAGACGCCACUUUUGGGGUUGAGACGAUGGGUUUUGAUUGGGAUAGGUGUUGGUGCAUUUAUAGUACUGAUUCUUUGUAUAUUAUCGAUAUGGGUGAUGUUUCGGAGAAAGACUAGGAGAUCUCUGGACAAGUAUGCUACAUCCCAAAUACCAAAUGUCUCAAAAGAUAUCGAUGUUGACAAGGUUGGGGUGCAGAAUUCUCAUGUUCAACCAGAAAAUGUGCUUAUACCUGUUCAUGACAAGACAAGUGAAAAGAAUUCAGAUAAUGUAUCAGUUCAUUUGGGAAACAGCAAAUCUGGUGAUCCUGAUAGUAUCAGUCAGUGCAGCUCAAUUUAUCAUCAUGAGAGAGGAUUUAGUUCAAUGUCGGCUGAAGAAGGAAGCUCUGGGAAUGUUAAGAAACAAUAUACAUUGCCACAUGGAGGACUGCCCACUGCCUCUCCAUUAGUUGGCUUGCCUGAAUUUUCUCAUCUUGGGUGGGGCCACUGGUUUACACUUAGAGAUCUGGAAAUGGCAACCAAACGAUUCUCAACUGAGAACAUUAUUGGUGAGGGUGGAUAUGGGGUUGUUUACAAGGGAAGACUAAUUAAUGGAAUUGAGGUGGCAGUGAAGAAGCUUCUGAACAACUUGGGACAAGCUGAGAAAGAAUUCAGGGUUGAAGUGGAGGCUAUAGGACAUGUUAGACAUAAGCAUCUUGUACGCCUUCUUGGAUAUUGUGUAGAGGGAGUUCAUAGGCUGCUUGUGUAUGAAUAUGUGAACAAUGGUAACUUAGAACAGUGGUUACAUGGAGACAUGCAACAACAUGGGACACUUACCUGGGAGGCCCGCAUGAAAGUCAUACUUGGCACAGCCAAAGCGCUUGCUUAUCUACACGAAGCAAUAGAACCAAAAGUUAUUCACCGAGAUAUAAAGUCUAGCAACAUAUUGAUUGAUGAUGAAUUCAAUGCAAAGGUUUCUGAUUUUGGUUUGGCCAAACUUUUGGAUUCAGGAGAAAGUCACAUAAGCACAAGAGUAAUGGGAACGUUUGGUUAUGUGGCGCCAGAAUAUGCUAACAGUGGUUUGUUAAAUGAAAAGAGUGACAUUUACAGCUUUGGUGUCCUCUUGCUGGAAGCAGUUACUGGAAGGGACCCUGUAGACUAUGCACGUCCUGCCAACGAGGUUAAUCUAGUUGAAUGGCUCAAAAUGAUGGUAGGGACAAGGAGGGCUGAAGAAGUAGUGGACUCAAGCCUUGAAGUUAAACCACCGUUACGUGCUUUGAAGCGCACUCUUUUGGUUGCACUUAGGUGUAUUGAUCCUGAUGCUGACAAGAGACCCAAAAUGAGUCAAGUUGUGAGGAUGCUUGAAGCUGACGAAUAUCCAUAUCGAGAGGAUAGAAGAAAUAGAAAGAGUGGCACUGUCAGCAUGGAAAUUGAAACUACGAAGGAAUUGUCUGGACCAUCUGAUGCUGAAAAGAUGGGGCAUGCUGAAACAACUCAAGGAUAG